AUGCUGCCCAUGUUCACCAUCAUCCAAGAGGCAAAAGCGAGGAAGCUUAAAGUCACCGUCAAGUGCACCGGGCAUUCUUACGCUGACCACUCGACUGCCUUUCAGGGCAUCUCGCUCGACAUCAGGAGGAUGAAAAAUGUGGCACUUGACCUGAAAUCGAAGCAAGUCGCGAUAGAUUUCGGUGGCCAGUCGGGCGACGUGUAUAAGACGCUAAUCAAGGACAAGCAUACCGGUAACGGCUCUAUUAUCAACGGCGGGAGAUGUCCUCUGGUGGGCGUGAGCAGUUCAUCCUGGGCAGUGGUCUUGGUCCGUUUACAAAAAGCUUCGGAAUUGGCAGUGACACUUUGA